AUGGUAGUUGACACGGCGUAUUAUGACUUGCUAGGUGUCUCCCCUGAUGCCAAGGCCAUCGAGAUAAAGAAGGCAUACCGGAAGAAGUCUGUGCAGGAGCAUCCCGAUAAGAAUCCAAACGAUCCAAAGGCGACAGAGCGGUUCCAGGCGAUCUCGGAAGCUUACCAGGUGCUCAGCAGCGAUGAACUCCGGGCGAAAUACGAUAAAUUCGGGAAGGAAGAGGCUGUUCCUCAGAACGGCUUUGAGGACGCGGGCGAGCAGUUUGCGGCGAUCUUUGGUGGGGAGGCGUUUGCCUCGUACAUAGGUGAGCUAACGCUGCUCAAGAAUAUCCAAAAGACGGAGGAGCUGGUCCAGCAGGACGAGGAGGAGAAGCAGAGAGAGAAGCAGCGGGUGCAUGAAAAGACACAGGACCAGAAAAAGGGCGCGACCCCACAAACAGGUGCGCCCGCCGCUGGAGAGCCGGCAGCUGCUGCGGAGCGUGUGAAGCCUAGCGGAAGAGGUGCGAUAGAAGAAAACGGCGGGGCAAAAGCGGCGAGCGACAAGGGCGACGGCGAGACACAGGAUGAGAGGAAGAAGACCAAACUGGAGCAGUUUGAGGAGCAGCAGAGGCUCGACAAGGAAAAGAUGAUCGACAAGCUGAGUAAAAUAUUGUGCGACCGGUUAUCGGUGGUGACAGAGAGUUCCUAUGAUGAGCCCUGCAAGCGCGCUUUUGAGAAGAAAUUCGAAGAAGAAGCGAACAUGCUUAAAAUGGAGUCCUUUGGCUUGGAUAUUCUACACACAAUCGGGGAGGUGUAUUGUCAAAAGGCGGAGAUCUUUCUCAAGAAUCAGAGGAUAUUAGGGAUAGGCGGGUUUUUUCACUCUGUCAGGGCGAAGUGUGGAUUCGUGGUAGACACAGUACGGACUGUGUCUGCGGCCCUAGACGCUCAGAAUACUAUGCAGGAACUCGAAAAGUUGAAGCUGGCAGUGGACUCUGAUGAACCCUUGCGUGAUGACAAGGGCAACGAACUUCCUAAGCCGACUGUUGAGGAGCUGGCGCACAUGGAACAGCUGGUUAUGGGGAAGGUUCUUUCUGCAGCAUGGCAUGGCUCCAAGUUUGAAAUUAUGUCCACUUUAAAAUCUGUGUGUACUCGGGUGCUAGAGGACAAAAACGCUGAACUCGAAACGAGGAUCAGACGUGCAGAGGCUCUCAUUAUGUUGGGAAGAGUCUUUAAGAGGACCUACAGGACACCAGUUGAACAAGAAGAUGCCCAAGUCUUUGAAGAAUUGGCUGCAGAAGCUACAAAGAAUAAGAGCAGAAGUAGGCGCAAGUGA